GUUUUAGUGCGCGACACGGACAAUUUUACUUUGCUCUUUAAUAAACUAUUUCAGUAGAAAUGAGCACUUCGAAGCCUUCUACAGAUUCAUUUUCAGACGACAUCAUGGUUAGAUGUCGAAAGUGCCUGUCGACUGAUGGCGCGUUGGAGCCGGUCACUUUCGACGAAAGGGGCAAAUAUCUUUCACAACAAGUAUUUUCCUGUACAAAUGUUCAGCUGAAACUAUUGCCAAAUAUUCCAACAUAUUUGUGUUCGGCCUGCAAAGCGCAAUUAAAUUUUCUGGAUAAGUUGCGCUCGAUAUGGAUUUCAAACAAUGCAAAAAUCAAACUGGUUAAGGAAGAAGUGGACACCACCCAUUUGACCGGUUCUGAAACAACUGUAGAGCAUUCUGGCGGUGGGAUGCAACAAUCCGACGCCGUUGAAUCGGUCGUCAAAACAGAGGUUGCCACCGAAGAUUCUGAAGAUUAUUAUCAUCACGACGAUUUAUUUGAGGCCGAGGAAGUAUCGCUGGAAACACUUUUGAAACGUGAACCAAUGGAGAACCAGCAGCAGCCUCAAUUAUCGCAUGCAGAUCAGAUUCAAGAAGAAGGUUCCCUGGUAAGGAACACCACCACGGGUCUUGACGACCAAUCACCAAUUUCAGGUCACAACAAUUUGGGUAUCAAGCAUGCCGCCGAAGGCACUGCCGUCGGCAUGCCGCCGAAGAAAAAAUCCCGACACACUGGUAAUCAACCCGUCUCUGUAGUCGGGGAGCAGCGACUGUUAAGGUCGAAUAAGCGACGAAGUUCCCAGAAGGAUAUCGUCGCUGCAGAGUCUUCAGUGUCUACAAUGCAGAGCCCACAAGUUACUCGUAAUGUGCAUAAAAACAAGCAAAAACACCAGUGCCCCCAUUGCUCCAUCACGUAUCCAAGCCCAUCCAGACUGAAGAGACACAUACGCACUCACACUGGCGAAAAGUCGUUCAUGUGUAAAGUCUGCAGUAAAGCGUUCCAUGCGGGAGACAACCUGCGCCUCCAUAUGAAAAUUCAUAACAAGGACCAAAAUCAAUGUCCUAAUUGCCCUGGCAAAUUUGCAAAGCAAUCCCAACUCAUCGAUCACAUUCGAACGCACACCGGCGAAAAACCGUUCAUUUGUAAAAUCUGCGGCACAGCGUUCCAUGCGGUCAAAUACCUGCGCCAACAUAUGGGAAUUCACGACAAGGGCAAACUUCAGUGUCCCCAUUGCCCUGGCAAAUUCGCACAGCGAUCCCAACUAAUCGUUCACGUUCGAACUCACACCGGCGAAAAACCGUUCAUAUGUAAAGUCUGCGGCAAAGCAUUCCAUGCGGAUGAUUUGUUCUUUCAGACGGUUAACGUGUGUAUCAAAGAGAUUCGGCCCUAA